GUGGUGAGGAUUCACCCGCGAGCCUCCCUAAAUUACUACGUUAAUUGCGUUUUGGGUCGUUAUCGAAGGCGGGCGGCCGCGGUGGAGGAUCCUGCUUGGACAGCUGGGCAACCCAGACAGUUUACGUUUAGCUUACAAAAGGUCCGCCGAGCAAAGUUUGCGUUCAGAUUAAUCGACGGUCAAUCAGCUGUCCACGGUUUUGGUUUAUUACUCUGGCUUUUUUAAACUGAACUCAUAGGCAAACCCAACGCAAGCGAGAUAGCCUCGCCCCGGCAAAGCAAAUACACCUUUGGACAAACCAGAGGUAGGUCCCUCAUUCUUCCAAACGCUCGCCUUUCGGCGCAAAUGCAGGUUUGGGAAGCUGCACGCACAAGGCUGCGCCGCGCCCUGUCCCGUGCAGCUGCCCGUCGCUCUGUUUGGGUCUCCCGCGGGUACGUAAACUCCAGAGUAACGCAGGAAAGCAUCACUGGAAGGGGCUCUGCGUGGCAAAAUCUUGCUCCGAAUCAAAAUCGCGUUUGACUCGGGUACGGUUAAAAACCGCCAAACCACGGAGACUUCAGCAGCGAGCUGUUCCGUCCUGGAAAUAAACGUAAUUAGCUUGUAAAAAGUCAGACGUUGCUUAAAGACUUCUUUAAAGUGGUAGUCUGAUGUAAUAAAGUAACAGUUGAGACCAUAAAUACCGAAUACAGUUGGAGCAAGCACACAGAGCAGAGAACUGUGAGUAAUCUUUAAAUCACAGCACUACCCAGGGACGCGGGCCAUCCAUCCCCUCUGUCACAGCUCGCGCAGAGGGGAGGUUUUGCCCUUGAUCAAGAUAACCAUAUUUCAAGGAAAUGGCAUGCUAUUUUGCAGGGAAUGAUGAUUCAUUUGACUGUGUUAACAGUGUGUUUUGCGUGGUUUCCUCUCUCCCCAUCUUUUGAUUCAUUCAUAUACAUUAUUUAUAAAGAAAUGCAAACACUUUCUCCCCUGGUUUAAUACAUCAUGACCUCCUUCUGAAAAAAAUCCUACACAUAAUCUAUACGUGUUAUUAAAUAUGAAAAACGUACAACAGUGAGCAUGUCACUGUCAUCUUUUGUUGCCCCUAAUUAGUUCUGGGAUAACCCUUCUAGCUUCAAGAGAAACCAGAUUAGAACUUGCCUGUCAAGACUGAGGUUUAUUUUAUGCAACAUGUGUAAUAUCUGAGCAACCAAUGUCAUAAUUAUCAAAAUGAUUACCCUAUCAGUCAGCAGCUCAUUUGGCCAGAAGACCUUUACAUCUUUUUGCUGAUUACGUACUUUCUGAAGCAAAGACAAAUGGCAAUAACUAAUACUAGUGCAUCUGGGUAUAAGGGCAAAUAACUAUUGCAAUACUCAGUAUGCGUUGGACCAGGCCAGCGUAGGUCUACUGUCAAAAAAAUGGACGCUCAAUAUGAAUUGAAUAAUAUUAGACUAAAUUUUGUAUCUAUCUCCUGUUUUUUAAUUCUACUAUUUAGAAUGCUGGCAAGAAAAAUGAUCUUUUGAUUGAGACUCAGUUACUUCCCCUCUCCUUGUUCCUUCCCUGAAGGAAAUCUUCAUGGUGGGUCAGUGGGCAGCAACAGAAUAGAGCAUAACGAAGCGAAUAGAAAUUUUUAAUUUCAGGUAGCUGAAUCUCAGUAAUGACCAGAUCAUAAGAUCUGUAUUUAGUCUCUACCAUGUGGAGUGCAGUUAAACUUGUUCAUACAAAUGCAACACACUGAGUUUACAGCUCCGACAGUGUCACCGAAGCAGACAACUUCAUGCGUGAGCGGGCAGGAGGAGUAACUGGCGCCGUCCAAGGCAGCCAGUUAGAGCAGAGCGCAUUUUUAAGGCGAGUUCUCUUCUGGUUUGAUUGAGUCCAUGUGCCCAUGUAGACGCACGUUAGAAACCACUUGAGAUCAGUUUGUUGCUGGGAGAUGAGAUGCACCGAUAAAUUGGUACCUUGUCAUUUUGUGGAUUGGAAAGCGACAAACCUUAAGAUUUCCCCUCCUCACUGGCUGUGUUUAUAUUUCGUUUCUUUUCCAAAACGGAUGCGGAUGCAGUAAUAAAGGGAUUUAUCUCUGGGCGCACACUGGAACAGGGCAGACAGCUAGCGGUUCCCUGGACCACAGGACUAGGGAGCAUAACCGGGCUGCUGCUGGUUCGGUACACGCAAUUUUACAAUGUAAAGAGUUCUUAAAUGAUCAUGAAAGUGUGGUUCACUGUUCAAACAUGUUUGAAGACUGUAACCUUUGUGCUCGUGACCAAUUGGUACGUUACUCAUAGUUGUUCCACCCACAGGCUUGGCACUGAACAGUACACCCUCAUAAGUACCAUUUGCGUAUUAUCAAGUUGAUAAAAGCCAGCAUGUAUUUGUACAGAGCUUUUACUUACUCUUCAUAGCACAAAGCCGCUUCUUCCCCUUCCUUCUCCUUUGUGCUUCAUCUCACGGAGGAAGAAAAACAUCUUACUGACAAAAAUUGGCAUCACGGAAGACAGGGAAUUCCAGCUUUAAAGGCUUACUAGAGAACGCCACGGCACCAAUGGGCCUCCAGAGCACCAAACACUCCAAAGUCAAGCAAGCUAACAUACUGAUCUUAGGACUUGAUUACGCGGGAAAAUCUACACUGUUGUACAAGUUCAAGUAUAGCGAUGUUUUUCUAACAAUUCCAACAGUUGGUUUUAACGUUGAUAUGAUUGAAACCGAGAAAGAUUUUACGGUGACGUUUUGGGAUGUUGGAGGACAACAGAAAAUGAGAAAAGUUUGGUGCAAUUUCCUGGAAAACACAGACGGACUGCUGUAUGUUGUGGACAGCUCUGAUAAGCAACGUCUGGAGGAAUCAAAGAAAGAAUUUGAACUCAUUUUAAAGAAUGAAUUUAUAAAAAGCGUACCAGUUGUCGUGCUAGCGAACAAGCAGGAUUUGCCUGGAGCUUUGAACGCUGAGGAAAUAACCAGGAGACUGAAGAUGAAGAAAUACUGCAGUGACAGAAAUUGGUAUGUACAACCCUGUUGUGCUAUCACAGGAGAAGGUUUGUCAGAAGCUCUCCAAAGACUAACCACAUUUGCAAAACACUACAGCAGAUCAAAGGACACUUCUACAAUCUUCAAGGAAAUCGAAACACUUUAAGAAUUUCUAGCAUCAAAGUCUGGUGAACGUUAAUCAACAUAUUUUGUUGGACAGACUAAAUCUGAAAAUACUGGAUUCUGGAGAACUCUUAUAAGUAAAUAUUUAUAAAGAACUUUGACAAUAUGAAAUUAUACUGUUAUACCUGCAGAUGCUUCUGAGGUACUACUCUGCAGCAUUUUAUUAGUGAUAGUACACUUGGGGUUAUUCAGCUCAGAAGUGUGGCUGUUGAAUAAUGAAAAAGGUGGAGUUGAGCUUCUGAAUUUUAGCAAUUGGAAACAAAAUAGGUGAGCAGUGCUUAAAAUCAAAUCAUUUUGUCCAGAUGUAAAAUAGCCAUAUCGUUUGUUCAGCAAGAAAAGCAAGAGAUAAAAUGUUGUUUUGCGAUAAAUGCUCUGUGGACAUAUUUCUCAUGUAAAAAUGUAGUUGUUUUAGACCUUAAACUCUUAGUUCUGUACAAGAGAACCUAUGAAUCUGAAAUACUUGUUGGAUAUUAUUGCAUUCUAGCACCAGUUACUCUGAACAGAUUUUAACAAACGGAUCUGCUCUGCAUCAAGCCACAGACAAAGCUGAGAUGCAGUGCUGUGUGUAAGGUGUAGGUCUGAUGUCUCUUUGUUACAGAUUUCCACAUACCGAUUUCUUUGUUUCUGCACUGUUGGAUUGCUAUCCUUAGGCGGGAGCAGAGCGAUGGAAGUCAGCAUGGGAUCAGUCCAGUGAAGAGCUGAUCCCCAUUGUUUUUGGGGUGAUGGGUAAAGAGGGGAGGAAUGGAGGGAUUGGCUCCUUGGUCAUUUUUUUAUAGAUCUUGAUGUAUCCUGUCCUGCCUGUACUGAAGCCACCUGAAAUUUUGUUACUGAUACUUAGGUUUGAUUAAAUUUGAUGUAAGUGGCACAAAAUUGCUAAUCCUAUUACUACAGUUUGUAGAAAAAAAUUCCAAACGAAA